AUCACAGGGUCACAGCAGGAGUCAGGAUGGAACAAGGGUGAAACAGAGGUUAGGAAGUUCUCAACUGCUGCAAGCAGUAAAUGCUGGCUGUAUGGACAAUAAAGCAAUAAAUGUCGACCUUUGGGCAUGGUAUGGAUAAUAAACUACGUACAUGGGGGGCUUGUCUGAUUUACAGCGCCAGACUGCAUAAAGGGGAGGCACAGUCAGUAAGCUUUGAAAUGGAGGGUAUAAGAUGUUCUGGCAACUGUGAUGAGGCAGACUACUCGGUUAAAGACAGCCUUUUUGCUGACACCGAGCUCUCCCUGAAGGCCUUUAGAAAGGGAAGUGGAGCCUUGCUUGUACAGCAGUUUCAGUUUUACUGUGAACAUCACUGUAACAACACAUUCUUAGCAUGGACCCCACUAUCGAGCUGACACCUUCAGGAGCGCCUCAGGAUUUAGAUGGUGGGACAACAGUGGCGUGUGUUAUCCUGGGUCUUUCCUUUCUGGUCGGAGUGCCUGGGAACCUGUUUGUAAUCUGGACUAUCCUGAGGCACGUCAAGCAGCGCUUUCACACUGUGGUCCUCAUCCUCCACCUGGCCUUGGCAGACAUGAUGGUCCUCAUCACCUUGCCUGUGUGGAUCUACUCCCUGGUGCACACCUUUGUGUUUGGAUGGGCAGUUUGCAAGAUCUUGAUGUGUGUCAUCACUGUGUGCAUGUAUAGCAGCAUCUUCUUCAUCACCUUUAUGAGCCUGGAGCGCUAUCUAGCCAUCUGUCAUCCAUUUCUAAUGAUGCGGUGGAAGACUGAAAAUAAUAUGAACAAAUACAUUGCAUUUUUGUGGCUUCUUGCGCUUCUUCUUGGAUUGCCUGAUAUUUUAACCCAGACCUUGGAUCACAGUGGCAUAAAUGAGGGGUGCUUUGCCAGAGACUUCAACAACAAGACCCAAGAAGUCACAUUAUUAUGCCUGCAGACUUUGCUGGGCUUCGUGCUUCCUUUCAUUACGCUUAGCACCUGUUACUGUCUUGUGGCUGCACAGAUCAAGAAAAUGAGUUACAGCUCAAAACAGAAAUCCAAAGUUCUCAUUCACACUGUGGUGCUUGUGUUCCUCCUAUGCUGGUUGCCUUACCACGUUAUUAAUAUUAUUGAUGUAGUUUGCAUUUUUGGGUCAGACACAGCAUGCAUACCAGAAGGUUUUGUCUUCAGCUCUGGUGCCCUGGUUUUUAUCAGCAGCUCAGUAAAUCCUUUACUAUACACCUUCUUCGCCAGGAACUUGAAAGGCAGUCUUGGAGAGUCUCGUUUGGUCAAGCUGUUUAAGGAACUGGCCUCGAACACAAAUAGACUCAGGGAGCUCGCAAUUCAACACCAGAAGGACCAGAGAUCAACAGAGAUAGGGGUCACAUCUACCUGUCUGAAUUAAAAAUGGAAGUGGGGAAAACAUUACUGCAGUUAUGGAUAAGUUGGACUGAAAGAUGUGAAUGUGUCCUGAGUUGCAAUUCUCUUUACUACCAUAUGGCUGUACCCUUGCUUUAAUUCAGAUUCAGGCAAAACCACCUAACAGCUUAUCACAUGUUGUUCAAAAUAUUUAGAACUUGUGGUUGUUGCUUAAAUUUGUAAGAUUCUGCAUUUUCUGUUGCAUAUAUUGUGUUUUUACAAUACAAACAACCUUUUCUAGCUUUUAGAAUUUUUGUAACACAUCAAAGAAAUAAGUAUCCAAUUUUGGAGACAGAAAACUUAUUAUAUGGUGAAGUUUAUAAUAUUUUAAUUCUGUCCAGAGUGCUUCAGGUAUUCUGAUUAAAGAUAUUAUCCAGUGGUAUAUGUUUUUUCCACUAAAAAUGUACACUGAGCACAUGGAAGCCUAUUUUUGACAGAGUAUUUUGUUUUGACAAAAUAAUGAUUUACAUCAAAACUGUCCAGAAAGCAGAAACCACUGCUAACUAUAUCGAACACAAAGACCCGUCUCACAUUUAUCAAGAAAAAAACUUUGGUGGUGAUCCCCAAAACAUUUGGGAAAAUAUUCUGCAGACUUAUGUGACAAAAGUGAAACUUUCCAUCUGACAAGAAACUAACCCAGCAUUUCAGCAAAGGGGCAUCAUACAGGUAAAUUCUGCUUUCUACCAGAAAAUCCUGAGGGAGAUGUCUACCCAUCAGUUUGUAACUUUAAGCACAAGUGCACUUGGAUGCAACAGGAAAAUGACUCAAAACACAACAGCAAGUCCAUCUUUGUUGAAAAUGUUUUUUUGUAAUUAUUCAGGUUAUCUUUGUCUGAUAUGAAAAUGUCUUUGAUCAUCUGUAAAAUUCAAGUGUGACAAAUACACAAAGUAAAAUCAGAGGAAGGGAGCAAAUACUUUUCCCAGUAUUGCACA